ACACACUCGCUUCGUGUUUACUGAUGGCGGCUAAAUGCUUUCUGUCUUUGCAAAGUGUUUCUUUUUAUAAUUCACGUUCAUAAAACAGAACGAAUCCAGAGAAUCAGCGAUGGCGGACCCCGCCGUUUCGUCGGGGGCGUCGCUGAAUGCAGGAGGGCGUGGCAGUAAAGCAGCAACCAGCCCUGCAGAGAAUUACUACCUGGCCCGGCGCCGCACGCUGCAGGUUGUGGUCAGCGCCCUGCUGACUGAGUGUGGCUUCGAGAGCGCAGAGAAGGCGGCAGUGGAAACACUCACUGAGAUGAUGCAGAGCUAUAUCACAGAAAUCGGACGAUGUGCUAAAGCAUACUGUGAACACACAGCCAGGAGCGUCCCCACCCUGCCAGACACAGUGGUCACACUCAUUGAAAUGGGCUUCAAUGUUGACACUCUGCCCGUUUAUGCCAAAAGAUCACAGAGGAUGGUGAUAACUGCCCCUCCGGUGACGAACGCACCCGUGACUCCCAAAUCGUUGUCAGCUGGACAGAAGCGCACACAUCCACCUCACAUCCCAGCACACUUCCCAGAGUUCCCCGAUCCCCACAGCUACAUCAAAACACCAACGUUCAGAGAACCGGUGUCAGACUACCAGGUGGUGAGAGAGAAGGCGGCCACCCAGAGGAGAGACGUGGAGCGAGCGCUCACUCGCUUCAUGGCCAAAACGGGAGAAACUCAGAGCCUCUUCAAAGACGACAUCUCCGCCUUCCCAUUGAUUGCGGCCCGGCCGAGCACCAUCCCGUAUCUCAGCGCCCUCCUGCCGUCUGAGCUGGAACUGCAGACCCUGGAGGAGACGGACUCCUCCGAGCAGGACGACCAGACAGACAGCGAGAACACGACAGGAAACAUCACGGAUGAUCCAGGAGCCGACAAAGAGAACUCCAUGCUUCCUCCCAGCGGCGUCGUUCCGUCCGCCAAGACCAGCGAGGACAAUGUGAUUGACAACCCGUACCUCCGGCCGGUCAAGAAGCCCAAAGUGAGGAGGAAGAAAUGAGUCUGGCCCGGCCUGAACGGACAGACUCACACUUGAACCCUCAUUGGUUGGUGCAUUCAGCUGGCGGUCAGCGACUCCCUCUGCAGAGCUGAAACUCGGCGCCCGUCCAGGACCACGGGAGCUGCUCCUCAUCACUGGGACCAGGAGAUGGGCUGACUUUCACCAACUGACUGUUGAAGAUUUCAGUUUUGUUGUUGUUGUUGUGUUCACUUUUCCGUACCCAGCAAAGCACUCGUUUUUUUUGUAAAACCUCUGUUUGAUGGAAUUUCUGUCCAGAUGAGAAUCAAGUCAUUUUAUGAAGAAAAACACAUGUAUUUUUUUUUUUUUUUUACUUUAACAAAUUCAUCUUUUCUUGACAUCCACUGAGCUUGUCUUCAGAGUUAAUAGUACAGACUCAGGUAAGCCACCCUGUUUCUUUGUUUGAUGAACUCUUUUUCACUGGUUAGCUGAGGAAAAAAAAAAAAAGACCAUUAGGAGUUACAGCCUGCAAAAUGCAAUAACGAUUGAUUCAUCUGAAAAAAAUCUAAUUUUCUUGCAAACAAAGUUUGACUUUCCU